UGUGUAGUUUAGUGAAAAUUAAUCAUGGUAAGAUUAACCGUUGAAUAUGUCGAAAAAAAAUGUUCUCAAAUUCAACUGAACAAAUCUCUUACUAAAAAACUACAGAAGAAUGAGCUAUACGGCUUAACACAUUUGAGGAUGAAUGACAUGUCUAUCAGCAGUAUUGGUAAUUUUGCGGCUUUUAAGAACCUGAGAGUAAUAUACUUACAAAAUAACAAUAUAUCAAAAAUAGAAAAUCUUAAUUUUGCAACAAAUUUGACGCAUCUCUACCUACAGCAUAAUCAAAUCAGCAAAAUCGAAAAUUUAGACUCCUUGCACAAAUUGCAAACUCUUUACUUAGGAUACAAUAACAUAGUCGUGGUUGAAGGUCUUGAACGUUUAAAAAAUUUAACCGCGUUGCACAUAGAAAAUCAACAACUGUCUUCAGGAGAAUCAUUAUGUUUCGAUCCACGUAGCGUACACACUCUAUCCACCUGUUUGAAAAUACUCAAUAUCUCGGGGAAUAAAAUAGUAUCACUAAAGAGUAUUAAGGUGUUGCACAAAUUAGAAGUUUUAGAAGCUGAAAACAAUAUUAUUGAUGAUAUAGAUGAUUUAACAGAAUGUAUAAGUGCCUUGAAUUCAUUAAAAAAUUUAUCCUUGCAAGGCAAUUCUGUAACUGAGUAUCACAGAUAUAAGGAAAAUCUAAUUGCCAAUAGUGAUACAAUAACAACUUUGGAUGGAAAACCAGUGACAGACAUAUUUAGAUGUUUUGUGAAAAGAUUUAAAAUGAAGAAGCAUCUUCAUCAUACUAAAAAAUCAUCAGAGACUAAAAUGGAUGAAGACAUAACAAGUUCAUUAAAUUUACCUCCUGCAUUAAAGAAAUCUAUAUCUAGAGCAAUGUUUCAAUACCCCAAUCCAAAGUCGUUUGUUACAAUUUCAUCUGCCAUUGAUGAAAUGCAACCGUACAUCUUUCCACCAUGGAAAAUGGCGUCAGGCGCAGAUGCUAAAAGAAAUGGACAUAUCACUCCAAGGCCAUUUUGGAAUAAAACAGCUAAAGUCAAGCAUUCUCAUGUUAUACGACCUUCGAUACAUAAUAAAACUAUUGAACUGCCACUAAUUUGAAACAUCUUUGUGAUAUUAUACAUAUAUACAUGCAAGAAAACGAUUUGUCAGUUAGAUAUAUUUUUUUUUGUUUAUUAAUACUCUCUUUUAUAGAAAAUUAUUUAUAAUUCAUUGUGUAUUUCUCAUUCGUAUUUACUUUUUUUUUUUUAGAAUAUAUAUGCUUUAUGAAAUAACUUCUAUGUAAGUCAUUUAUCAUUGCCUGCAUGCUGGAAAGUCGUGUACACGAUAAAAAUAAAAUCUAUGAUCGAAUUCGCUGAAAGAAAAUGUAUGGCAAAAUUAUCAUAAGAAGCCGGAGGCAAAUUAAUUACGAAAAAAUGUUUUAUACAACUUUCUAGCAGUAAGGCGAAAUUUAUAUUAUAUAUAUAUAAAUGUGCAUUAAAAUAACAUCUUCAUAGUUGAAAAUAAAGUACAUUGAAAUUCAUGCGUGUAAAACGAUAAUUCAAUUUAGAAAUAACAAAACGUGCAUAGUUAAACAGUUAUGACGUUCUUACACAUAAAAUACUAUUAUAUUAUAAUUAUAAUAUCAUAGAACUAUAAUAUUAAGUAUAUAAUAUUAUAAUCAUUAUGUUAUCACUAAAUGAACCACAGAAGUAUUAAAGUACAAAAUACUAUUAGCUACGUUUGUACGCUGCUUGAAGAUCCAUAUCUUAUCUUUAAAGCUUAACUUCGUUUAUGUUGUCUGAAUUAAUAAAAAUGAAUUGUACGCGAUGGAGAAAUUUUUUACAUACAAUGAACUGUGUGUAAGCAACAUAACAGUUUCUUCAAGCAGAGCUAAUAUAAAAUUAUGAUAAUUUUAAUUAUACGAAUAAACAAAUAAAUAAUUUUUUAAAUGACACAGGCAUUUAUGAUACAUAUCUGUUAGUCACUAUAAGCAUGGAAUGUUAGAUACAAUAAAAACAAAUAUAUAUAUAAAUCAUAGAAUUACAUGGUAUAAAAGGUACAAGUAGAAAAUUAACUUCUUCUCUAUCGUAACUUUACUACUUUUUAUAAUAUGGAAACAUAAAAAUCAAUCUAUGAAAUCUCUUACACUACUUAUAAAUAAUGUUGAAAAACAAAUAUGUAGAUGUUACGAAAUGGUUGAGCAUAUUUAAGAUAUAUCUAACGCCAUAAAAUAAAAUGAAAUUAAUGAAUCGGUAUAUUUUAUAUUAUUCGAACAAUUCAUUUAGCUGCCAGCGUAUAACAAAACUUAACAUACAAUAUUUAAUGCAAUUCGCACGUAGAUGGUCAAUGAUUAUCCUUUGUUCUACAGAAACUUUGAUGAUUUUACGUAAUACAAAUCUUACGAGCAUUAUAACUUGGAAGAAAUCAUUUAUUUAUACAAAAUAGAUAUAAAUCAGUGUAAUAGUUUAAACCUAAUAGUACAUCUAAAUUUUUUCAUUGAAUUUAUUACAUGUUAUGUGUAAAAAGUAGAAAAGUAAAAAACAUUAAUUUAUAAUUAUCAUAUAAACAUAUUAUAUUUAGUACAAUAAAAUAAAUGCUUUGUGCAAAAUGCAAGCGUAAUUCAUAUUAAUAGACUUUUAAACAACAGUUUAAAGAACAAAGGUAUAAACAAGCCUCCUACAGUGUGAUAUGCAUAUUUAAUGUUGCUUUAUAACUGCCGCGUGAACAAUAUACAUACUAUUAAUACAUAAAUAUACGAAACUGCGGUGUGUAAUUAAUAUUUAUAAAUUUAUAUAUUUAGGUAGAUUUAUUUGUUCAAAGUAUGACUUGCAUCUUAAUAACUUUAUAUUGUAGAUUCAGGUUAUCAGCCUUUUUUUGUAUCUUAGCAAUAUUUUUCAUGUUUCAUACAAAAAAAUUAAAUAAACUAUUGAACAAACAAAAUCUUAUAUGAAAGUGUAGUCUUAAAACUACAGAAAUUACAGCUAAAUUUAGACAUGUACGCUGACCAAUGCUUCAUAGCUCUUGGCGUGGAGAUACAUACAUAUAAUUUCUUUAUCUUAUCAAUGUUAUUAAUACAUCUUUUCAUUUCUGUAGUAUAUAGCUUAAGAAAAUCUACAUAGCUUCCAAAUGCAUAUUUUUAAAUUAUUAAAUAAAAAUUGUAUACAAUAGCAAUGUUAACAACGUGUAUCCCCUUUCAGUUUCACAUUGCUAAAUAUUAAUACUUUAAGUUACAGGAAACUUUGUAGACUUCUAUAAGUUUUAUCAAAUAACCAUAAAUGUUUAUGUAUACAU